AUGGGCGGGUCUGCGUUUGCCACCGGCCGAAGCAAUCCGCUGUACACCCCCCGGAUGCCCAAGCACGUUUACACAGCCGUCAAAGAUCGCUGUCAUGCAAUCCUGAGAGAACAUUACCUCUGUGUUGCGUCCCCCAUCGAUGGGCCUGGAAAGAAGGACUUUGGCGACGUCGACAUCCUCCUGGCGUGGCCAUUGAACCCAUCGGCGGGCAAACAGGAGGCUUUCGACGCAAUCGCCGACGCCCUCAAAGCGACUGAGACGAUUGUAGACAAGGGAAAGGAUGUCUCUGGCCAUCUCGCUUUACCUUGGCCGUCCGACGUGUCUCUUGAAAAUCAAACAGACGCCGUAACCCAAGCCGACCAGCAACAAGAGGACCAAGACCAAGACCAAGACCAAGAACGAUUCAUUCAAGUAGACGUCCGGGUUUGCGAUACCUUGGAAUACUUCCAGUGGAUGCUCUUCAAACACGCCCACGGCGACGUUUGGAACCUUCUCGGAACUACGAUUCGCCCCUACGGUUUGAGUGUCGACGAGUGCUCUCUCUGGCUUCGGAUUCCCGAGAUCGAAGCCUUCAACCGCAGACGAGCCAAAGUCUUUCUGUCCAGCGACCCGGCCGAAAUUCUUCAGUUCCUUGGCCUCCCGAUCGAAGAGUUCUGGUCUGAGCCAUUUGACGACCUCGACGGCAUGUACGAGUACGUCGCUCGCUGCAGGUUGUUCUGGGUCAGUCCCCUGGACUCAGAGAAGAACAGUGCAGGCACGGAGCUCGAGCAGGACCGAAAGAAGCUCAAGGCCAACGAUCGGAAACGAAUGAACCAGCGACCGGGCUUUCGGAAGUGGGUUGAGGACUUCAAACCUCGGUGUCGCCAAGAGGGCCGCUUCCUUGUCAACCCGACGACGCGAGAGCAGGUCACACAGGAAGCCUUCGAUUGGUUCCACGUCGAGGAUGAGUUCAAGGCUCGCCGUCAGGAAUUCCUGCUGGAGAGGCAAAGGGAAGUGAUUUGGACGCAGGUCAUCAAGGGCUCGAUUCCUGAAGCCGAUCCCGCUGACGAGCGUGCGAUUCUCUACCGGUCCUGCCUCGUCAAGGCCCUCAAGCGAGUCAUCCUGGAAGAUGACGGCCGGUACGGCGUAUUGCCUGAGCGCAGUUUGAAAGACCAGGAUGGCUUUUACAUCUCGGAGGACGUUGUCGAUUUCAUCACGAGGCAUCAAGAUGCGAUCGGCAGGGCCGCCAUGGAGAUCAGCCACGCUGGCUACGUGGAGCAGAAGAAAAAGAAGGCAGCCAAGGCAGCUGAGAAGGAGAAGAGUCUCUGA